AACCGAUCAUCUUACAACAGCUCUAUCCCUCGCGUUGACGUCCUCUUUCCCUCCCAGAGCGCAUCUCCUAUCGGUCCAUACGUAUAAAAUGCACAACAUCUAGCUCACGAAUUGCCUCAACCUUCAAGAUGACUUCCCGCGAACCCUCCGCAGCGCCAUCGGACGCAGACACCAUCGAUGAGCCCAUAGAAGAUACAAAGCCAGACAUUGCUGAGCUUGAGCAGGAGCAGUCUCAGCUGGAAGAAGAGCCAGUUUCCACCUCCACACCUUCUGGUGCACGCCGGACAGCUCGCCCCAGAGUGUCUACCGGCAGAAAACCAAGACCUAGAAAGUCUGCAGCAUGGAUACCUGAGCAAUUGCAGGAGGGUACAGAAGACGAAGGCAGCGUUGUAUCUGCAUCACACUCAAGGACGAAGAAGUCAGAGGCUACUCCCGAGUCAGAUCUGAGGACCGUCGGCACUGCGGUUGGCACUAGAAGACAAGCAAAUGGCACGGUCGGAUCAGUUUACUCUGGGAGCAAGAUUAGGCACAUCAAGAAACCGGACGGCGAGCCGUUAUACCGCAAAGAGAUACAAUACCAGUUCUUGAUGCACGUCACUGCAGACACCAAGCCCGUCUUCACCAGGAUAAGCGAUGGCAAAUCAGGUUGUACUUUUCUGGACAUCUACGUGGAUUGCAUGGCGAAAAGUUCCAAGACCAGCAAGAUUCUCAAAGACAGAUUACAGGUGGAUCGGCAAGCGGCACAGAACAUGGCCAUGAUCUGUCUCUUGGUGAAUGUUGGCCGCAUGAAUACGACAUUGAACUUCUUCCCCGAGAUGAGGGCGCAGUUAAGGACCUAUCACUCCAUUCCUUCUCUUCAGGCAUACAAGAGCCAGAGAGAUUACAAGUCACUGCAAGAUGCUCCGAGACUGAAGAGCAUCUUGAAAGGUGCCAGCGAAGACACAGAAGAGCCUCGAACUCUCGAAGCACUCAAGGCUCGACCAGUGCCCCGUACAAACCCAGUCAAUCUUAUCUUUGUGCUCUCACAAUCUGCACCAAACAUCAGCGAGUCACAUUUUAGAGAUAAAGUCGACUUUUUCGAUCUAGCCAUGCGCUCAACAAUUAGCUCUAAGAGCAGAGCCGAAGCAUUUUUGUGGCUCAUGUGGUGGUACCUGGAGUCCAACUUCACCAAAGAGGAUGGCUUGAACAAUCCCUACGGGCCCGGUCAGUACAAGGAAAGUGAGGAUCCCGACGACCCCGACGUCGUACCGCUUUUGGUUCCGGAAUUGGUGAACAUCACGCCAGAAGAAGGAGACAAGGAGAAUGAGGAUCCUGAGGAGGAAAUUGCUUUUGGUGAGAAAAUGAGAGAAGAAAGAAAGAGAAUCAUGCUCGAAGUUGCAAACGAGCCUCCUCUUACCAUGGUGGAUCCUGGCAAUCCCGAUCACAAAGCUGUGAAGCGACUCAAAAAGGGCGCCUUAUAUGGCGACGAAGAUUCUAUGAUGUCAGAUGCAGACUCGAGAGCGAGUCCAGGUGUUGCGACCCCGGAAGCUCACCACGGGCAUAUUAUGAGUAGCGUACUCGGUGGACAGGCUGACAGUCUCGACGACGAUUGGGAGGCCUUCGAUCCACAUCCGGGUCGUGGGCGGUAUAAGCGUGUGAGAGGGAAAAAUACUCCUUCCAGGGUUCGCGGAGGCGGAGGGGGCGCCAGACAAACCGAUGGCGGCCGGAGGAGUUUGGUCAAACCGCGCGACGGCGGUACACCAGAUACAAUAGACAGAUACCGCGGUACACCACAGCCUCUACAAUCUGGAGCCGGUAACCACGCUGUUGUCGGUCAGUAUGGUUCUCAUCGAAGCAGGAAGGAAAACGACACGCUUGCAGCUCGAUCUGGUGAGCCUGGCACAAGCGGCAGUGUACCGAAGUCGAGGGCCCGAACAGGAUAUCAGCGCGAGUUGGAGGAGCAUCGGCAACGCCGCGUCGAGUGGGCUCUGAGACGACGACGCCGAGAGACUUUGAGGGUAUCCCGACAGCUGAGAGAAGGAGGAAGGUGGCUGUUGAGGGCGGCCAGGCGGAUCAGCGAGCUUCCUCCCACCUAUGAUAGCGAUGAAGAGGAAGAGAAUGGCGGUUUCGGUUUUGCCGGCCUGCUCGGUCGCAGAUGGCUCGGAGAAAAUAUCGAGUCCGAACAUGGGGGUAUUCCUGCUGGCUACGAACCUGACGACCAAGGUGAGGAGGCCGAGAUGUGGAUGAAUCUUGUGAAGAGGACAGGACGACGGCUGGAUGUCUGGGAUGGAGAUCGCGACGUUGAGGUAUACAAAGCUCGCCUGUAUCGACCCCCAAUUGCCGAAGACCCCGUUCUCCAAGCCCCUGCUCAACCACGCACGAAUGGAACACGGAAGAAGAAUCGAAAAGUAGAGUCACCGGUUCAAUCGUCCGUGCUUGGUUCUGGGAGAGGUGCGACGGGCCUCCAGACAGGCAGAGAUCUCAACGACGAGAUUACCCAAGACCUGCUUGCAGAGCGGAGCGACGAGGACAUGGAAGACGACGAUUCCGUGGGAGCAGAUGGUGAUGGCUAUGAUGGUAGCGACGUGGAAAUGGACUGAGGGUCAUAAGCAACAGCCCUCGAACUUUUUUGAUCAUACAUUAACCUGGGUGGUUCAUGUGUUUGUCAACAGAUUCCUCAUGCAGCAUGAGGUAGGCGGUCAUGCCUUUGAAGUCCGAAGCACCACGAUGCAUUCUGUACAAUACUCUAAUGAAAAUGGACUUCAACCCCAAG